CAUUAGUUCACUUUCAUUCACACCUAACCUAAAUAAGCUAAAAGAAUAUCCUAUUUAAAAGAGUAAAAAUAAUUUAAAAAAAAAAUUUUUUUUUUUUUAGACCAAAGUUUUACUUGAUUGCUAUUGUCUGUUUUGCUUUCAGCAAUUCUUAGAGCUGCUGAAAAGCAUGACUUCCUCCUCUGUUGUUAAAGCUCCGGUAAGACGGGUUGCUAUCUUCGGGGGAACUCAUGGCAAUGAGUUAUCAGGGGUGUUUUUGGUCAAGCACUGGCAAGAGAAUGGAGCUGAGAUCCAAAGAACAGGAAUGGAAGUGAAACCAUUUCUUACCAACCCAAGAGCUGUGAAGAAAUGCACUAGAUACAUUGACUGUGACCUGAACCGUGUUUUUGACCCUGAUAAUCUUGGCAGGACAGAGGUGGAAGAUAUUCCAUAUGAAGUGAGAAGGGCUCAGGAAAUCAAUCAUAUAUUUGGUCCAAAAGGUAGUGAUGAUGCCUAUGACCUUAUUUUUGACCUUCACAACACCACUUCUAACAUGGGUGGUACCCUUAUUCUUGAAAACUCCAGGGAUGACUUUACAAUUCAAAUGUUUCAUUAUAUCAAGAAUGCUUUGGCUCCAGAACACUGUCCUGUUUUGCUGAUUGAACAUCCUAGCUUGAAAUAUGCAACAACUCGAUCUGUAGCACAACAUCCUGUUGGUGUGGAGGUGGGUCCCCAGCCACAAGGUGUUCUCAGAGCUGAUAUUUUGGACAAAAUGAGGAAGAUUAUCAAACAUGGCCUUGAUUUUGUGCAACUUUUUAACGAAGGAAAGGAAUUUCCACCAUGUACAAUUGAGGUUUUUAAAAUUAUGGAGAAAGUAGAUUAUCCCAGGAAUAAGAAUGAUGAAGUUAUUGCUGUUAUUCACCCUAAACUGCAGGACCAAGACUGGCAGCCAAUGACCAAAGGUGAUCCUCUAUUUGUGACUCUUGAUGGAGAAGUAAUUGCAUAUGAAGGGGACUGUACAGUCUACCCAACAUUUAUUAAUGAAGCUGCAUAUUAUGAAAAGAAACAAGCUUUUGUAAAAACCACAAAAAUGAAACUCACUGCAAAACUCAUCAGAUCCUCAGUCUUGGACCAAAAAACUUCAUAAAAGCUUGUUACAGAUUUUCCAUGUGAAAAGUGGAUUUCUUCCCUGAAAUCCAGUGUCAUCCAGUAGUAUUCAAUGGAAUUAAUAUAUAAAUACAGAAUCUAAUUUUAAAUUGUAAUUUAACUAACACUGCUGAGCACUUUUAAGAUGAGACAUACUACAUAAUGCUAAUUAUGAUUGUUUAUUUUUUUCUAAUAGAUUACUAAAGAUGUAAAUAGUAUUAUUUUUAUGACAUUUGUUAGUUCACACUACAUAAAAUCAACAAUGUACCACAUGUGGGUUAGUGACUGUAAAACUUAUAUCCAGCAUCAUACAGAAAGAAGCUCAUUCACAAAACUACAUUUUAUUUUAAAACUACAGCAUUUUUACUUUAUAACCCCAAGCCUCUAACAACCAGCAUUGUUUAAAACAUGGGGAUCCUUGAAAUGAAUUCCUGAGAUAAAUACGCAAAAUAUGAGACAAAGGAAAAACCAGGGGGAGAGAAACUGGGUGAGGGUCUGUAUAUUAACAUUCUUUUGUAUUAGAUUUGGGACUAACCCCUGCUGCACUGAGGUGGAAGCCUUAGGGUUCAUUUUGGUUUUCUUUUUAUACUUAUGAAGCCACAAAAAAACCCAAAACAACAACAAAACAACAACAAAACCCAACACACGAUUUCUGAGAAAAACACUAAUAUGAGAUGUAAAGCUUUGUAAAUUUGAAGUAUUACAAGGUUAAUUCAAGCUGUUUCUGAUUUAACAUUAAUUUAGGGAUAAAAAGUUUGAAUUCAGAAAGUAUCUAGUAGUCAGAAACUUACUUACAAUAUUCAAAUUCAGGAAGAUGUGCUUAUCCCAUGAAAAUUCUCAAGAAAAUUAUUGCAAUGGAGACCAGAGAAUCCUAUAGCUUUAUAAAUUUACAGGUGUGUCCACCUCCUUCUUAUAACAUAUUUGAAAUUAGAUUUGAAUCAAUGGUUGUACCCCAAGAGGUUUCAAUGGAGGAGGUAAGAUGAGAUCAUCACUCAGGUUUCGAUGCUGAGCAAUGCACAAACCAUACCUGAGUAUUUCAGAAUGGAAAUUAAGAAGAAUUCCAUAUGGGGAGACUUCUGAGAAUUUUGAGACUGGCUUGUUCUGUACUUGUAGAAAGAAAGCCUGUCAUAGUAGCUGAAAGAGAGAAGAAAAUGGGGAUUUAAUUAAUUCUCUAAAGUUCUUUUAAAAUAUUUGACAACAAUUUGGGAUAAAGAAAAUAUUAUGAACUUUGCAUAAAAAUACAAUAACUAGCUAUUUACUGAAAGAUUCAUUGGUCUAGACAAAUUAUAUCUUUUCAGAAGUUAUGUCUUAUAUACCACUAAGCCAAAAUCCUUUUUCCCUUGCUUUGUGUAACUCCUAUGGCAAUAAACUAACAACACAGGACAAUGUUUAUUGAAUUACAAGUUUUAUUUAUUUCAUUUAAAUAAACAUUAUACAAAAAUUA